AUGGACGCCAACGGGCGCGGGGAGAAUGACGACGCGCGGGCGCCGCUCCUGGCCGGGCCCGGGCGGCGGCGCAACUCGGUCGCGUCCAUGCUCGGGGAGUUCGUCUCGCGGCUGCCCAAGAAGGUGCUCGACGCCGUCGACCCCGAGCGCCCGUCGCACGUCGACUUCUCCCGCUCCAAGGGCCUCCUCGAAGGGGAGAGAGAGUACUAUGAGAAACAAUUUGCCACAUUGAGGUCCUUUGAGGAAGUUGACUCACUAGAAGAAUCCAAUGAAAUCAACGAGGAUGAGGAGCUUGCGGAGCAAAUCCAGAGUGAAUUUGCCAUGAAGAUAUCAAAUUAUGCAAACAUUAUUCUCUUAGCGUUGAAGGUAUACGCUACAAUCAAAAGUGGAUCAAUUGCUAUAGCUGCCUCAACACUGGAUUCACUGCUUGAUCUCAUGGCUGGUGGUAUCCUUUGGUUCACACAUCUGUCAAUGAAGAGCAUCAAUGUCUACAAGUACCCCAUUGGCAAACUGAGGGUACAGCCUGUAGGCAUUAUCAUCUUCGCUGCUGUCAUGGCCACUUUAGGCUUCCAAGUAUUUAUUCAAGCUGUUGAAAAGCUGAUAGUGAAUGAGGCUCCAGACAAACUGAACCAAGUGCAAUUACUGUGGCUAUAUUCAAUCAUGAUCUUUGCAACAGUAGUGAAAUUAGCUCUGUGGCUCUACUGCCGAACGUCUGGUAACAAGAUUGUCCGUGCUUAUGCUAAGGAUCAUUAUUUUGAUGUUGUCACAAAUGUCGUGGGCUUGGCUGCUGCUGUCCUUGGUGAUAGAUUCUACUGGUGGAUUGACCCAAUUGGUGCAAUUGCCCUUGCAGUGUACACAAUUUCAAACUGGUCCGGAACGGUGUGGGAAAAUGCAGUAUCACUGGUAGGUGAAUCAGCUCCUCCGGAGAUGCUUCAGAAGUUGACAUAUCUGGCUAUCAGACACCAUCCUCAAAUUAAGCGCGUUGAUACAGUUCGGGCAUACACCUUUGGGGUGCUUUACUUUGUUGAGGUUGACAUCGAGCUCCCAGAGGACUUGCCACUUAAGGAGGCGCACGCCAUCGGAGAAUCUCUCCAAAUCAAGAUUGAGGAGCUCCCUGAAGUCGAGCGAGCAUUCGUUCACCUCGAUUUCGAGUGUGACCACAAGCCGGAGCAUUCAAUUCUCAGCAAGCUUCCCAGCAGCCAGCCUUGA